AUGGAUAUUAUGUGGGAUAGGGCUGCCAGCUGUAUUAUGAAGACUGCUAGAGAAGUGUUGGAUGUUUUAAGGGGUCGAGCAGGCCAUCAUAAAGGGGACUGGUGGUCGAAUAAAGAAGUGAAGAGGAAAGUGGAGACCAAGAAGGAGGCAUACAUUAGGAUGAGUGAGAGUAAAAACAAAGAGGAAAAGCAAGUGAAUAGGGAGAUUUACAAAGUAGCAUGGAAUGAGGCUAAGUUAGCAUUUAUGGGUGCUAAGUCAACAGUAUUUGAGAGCUUGUAUGUGGGUUUAGAAGAGAAAAGUGGGGAAAAGAGGUUGUUUAGGUUGGAUAAGGCUAGGGAGCAGAAGGUUUAUGACCUCGACCAAGUUAAGUACAUUAAGAAAGAGGAUGGUAGUAUUUUAGUGGAGGAUGCUCAUAUUAAGAUGACAUGGCAGGAGUACUUUUAUAGCCUUUUAAAUAAGGAGAGGGACAAAGGUUUUGAUUUUUGGGAGCUAGAGCACUUAGACGAGGGCUGUGAUUUUAGUUAUUGUAGGCAUUUUAAGGUUGAAGAUGUCAAAGAGGUUAUUCGUAGAAUGCAGAGGGUUAGGGCAACAGGGGGUUGA